AACAAGCAUUCGUGGGUGCGGCCUUCCUUCCUACUCCAUGUAAACAGAAGGCGUCUACCGUCUGCCGGUUGCUGCAGAACACUAACCGACCGAGGGGAGAUCCGAUCGGCAAUGGCGACGCCGAUGCUGCGAUCUGCCGUUGCUGGCCUCGCGCUCGAGCGAUCGGCAAGCCUGAGGCUUCCGGCUCGCCCUGCGUCGGCCGCAUCCUUCAGCAGCAACGCCGCCGCCGGCCGGUUCGAGAAGCGUCAGGUCGAUGAGAAGAACGACGAGUCAGAUGCAGCACGGCGACGACGCAAACAAGAAAGACAUGGCAUCUCUCGAGGCCACGCUGGUGAUUCUGGUGAUUCUUCUUGGAUGAUGAUGAUGUUGGACGACGACAAGCCUCCUUCCACCGGACCACACUCUACUACGGACUCCUCCUCCACCUCCCGUGCGUCUGCGACGGCGGAGUCGGACGUGUCCUCGCCGUCGUCGGGGGGCUUCUGGGGCGGGGAAAGCUCCUGGUCGUGGGGCUCGGGAGGAGGGGACUCGGGCUUCGGAGGAGGGGACUGCUCGGGAGACUAGCCAGCUGAUGGGUACCGUGUCCCAUGAUUUCUUAGCAAGUUUUUCUCCGUUUAAUUCCUACGACUAUAAACCACGUUCAACCGAAUGAUUCCCCUCCUCGUACAUUGCUUUGAUAUCUUGUGCUUAGAUUUUAAACCUUCACUUUAAGAAGGGAUCAUUACGCCUGCAUCGAUUUUGAUGGAUCCAGCCAAAGAUCAAACUCGAGAUUUUAAUCCUUGUUUUUGUCUCUGGUCUCUCUGUUC